UGCAGGUGCAACAAGAUUUUGACAUGUAAACAAAUCUAGCUGGCAAGCUAGCUAGCUAACAGUAUUAUUUUUCUGAUUAGUGUAACGUUAGCAAAUUAGCUAAAUGUACUUAAACCAACAAGCAACCUUUCAUUGAAUGUAUUGCAAAUACGUAUUCUUAUUGCUCACUGCACAUCAGUUUGUCUAGUUAGCUAUCUAGCUAACGUAUGAAAAUGAUAUACCACAUCCCCUGGAUAUAUUUGCCGGUGCGGACUGCCCUAGCAAUCUGGCACCAGCUGACAAAGUCUGAGAUCCCAGAGCUGGCUAAGGCCUCUGUGCUGAUAAGGGACCGCAGCAGAGUGGAUGAGACCAUCCAGGCCAUGCAACGAGCCGGGCCAGAUGCCCUCCAGGUGAUCUCGGACUUUGACAUGACCCUCAGCAGAUUUGCCCACAACGGGAAGAGGUGCCCCACCACUCACAAUAUCCUGGAUAACGACUUGCUCAUCAAUGACGCCUCUAAGAAAAUGAUUAGGGAGUUGUUGAAUACCUACUACCCCAUUGAGAUCGAUGCAACUCGCACCGUCGAGGAGAAGCUUCCUCACAUGGUGGAGUGGUGGACCAGUGUCCAUGAGCUACUGAUCCAACAGAAGAUCAGGAGGGACCUGCUGGCUCAGGCAGUGAAGCAGUCCAGUGCCAUGCUCAGGGAGGGCUACAAGGUGUUCUUUGAUAGGCUGCAGGAGCAGCAGGUUCCUCUGUUGAUCUUCUCGGCCGGCUUGGGGGACAUCCUGGAGGAAGUGAUCAGACAGAACCACGUCUUCCACCCCAACAUCCACGUCAUCUCCAACUACAUGGACUUUGACCAGAGCGGUGUACUGCGGGCAUUCAAAGGCCAGUUGAUCCACACGUUCAACAAGCGAGAGGGCGCUCUGCUCCACGCGGCCCACUUCAGGGAGCUCCAGGAGCGGCCCAACGUGCUGCUGCUAGGGGACUCUCUUGGAGACCUCACCAUGGCCGACGGGGUGGUCCACACUCAGCACACCCUCACCAUAGGCUUCCUCAAUGACCAGGUGGAGGAGAGGAAAGAGUCUUACGUCAACUCAUACGACAUCGUCCUGGUCAAGGACGAAAGCAUGGACGUCCCCAACGCCAUCCUCAACUACAUCACCACUGCGCCGGCUAAGUGAACUGCCGCGAGGACGCAACGAAUCACGGGCCAAAAGUUUUAACCUAGGUCACUUCUUGUUUACACAGGCAUCAGGAAUCACCAGCCAAUCAACCGCCAUGAUGGCCGACUGGUGACCGCCAUCACAAAGGGAGGAAGUUGACCCUUUGUUGACCUUGACAGAGCUGCAUGCACCACAAUUAUUAUAGCACCACAAUAAUCCUCAGGCACCUCCGAACCAAUUCAACACCUCAAAGGGAUAGUAUUUUAAAUUAAACCACCUUGUUUCAUGUGUGGGGUUGGUGCUGCAAAUCCCAUCCACUGAAGCCCCUUGAUUCUGUUAACCUAAUGUUUGUACCUAUUUACUGUAUGUUUCUAUAGUGUCUCUACUCUCUAAGGACAAGCAGUGUCUGCAAUGGCGGGAAGCUCACCCCGCUGUUGUUCAUCAUGGAGAGUGAGAAACACGCUGUUGGGUUUAGUACGUAAGAGAAUCCAGCUCCUUCCAUUUGGAGAAUGGUUGAUUUUGUAACUUUAAGUUAAAGGCCAGUAUUCUGAUCGCGCUUUGUCGGCUAUGCGCCUUUUAAAGGUAAUUUCCGAUUGAGCCGACAUAUGCAGCAUUUACGGUGAAUGCGGUCUCCGCAAAGAUUGCCUUUAAAAAGGUGCAUAACAGACUAAGUGCGGUUAUCUGAGAAUGUUAUGAAGUUAGUCAUUUUAUUUUCAAAGGCGCAGGGCUGUGUAAUGAUCAUCCACCGUCUAAGCUGCUGUAUCGCCCAAUAAGUAUUUUUACGUGUGAGAGAGUUGGUCAGUGAUAGUGUGUGUAUGAAACUAGUCUUAAUCUAAAUGUAUUGAUUUGUGUGUAUCGAUAUCCAUCCUCCAAUUUGUGAGGGGCAAUUAUUUUGUGCGUGUUAAGUGUGGAUGCUGCCCUAUGCACAUUUGACCAAAUGUAGUAUUUAAUGUAUUUAUUUGGUUGAACAAGUACUGUAACAGAAGAAAUGGUUACCUCACCGAGUCACCCUGUGGGAGUUCAUACGGAGUUCAGUAGAACAUUUUCAGUGGCAAAUGCUUAUGCUGCUAUAUAUUUAUUUGGUUGAACAAGUACUGUAACAGAAGAAAUGGUUACCUCACCGAGUCACCCUGUGGGAGUUCAUACGGAGUUCAGUAGAACAUUUUCAGUGGCAAAUGCUUAUGCUGCUAUAAAAAGCUUUCCUUGACAAUUAAAGGGAUAGUUCACCCAAAUGUAAUGUGCAUGCAAAUGUUAACUUGAGAUGAACAAAUUAUGACAUUUGGGUGAAAUGUCCCUUUAACUACUAUUUUGCACAUCUUUUUUUACAGAGGAAUUGGUUUCCUGUCUAGGUAGAUACUUUUAAACUGGAUGUCUAUUUAAUCCCGGCAUCCUAAAACAAUAUUGAAGAAUAGUGCUUUUGAACUGUUAUUCACAUUUCAAUUGUAUAAAUGUUUUGCCAGGUAAGUAAUUGAGAACACUUGUCUUUUGCAUUAACAACGUACUAUCUCAAAUCAAGACCCAAUGACAGGUGAAGACAGUUGUGAACAAAACAAGUAUUUGUAAUGUGUUAUUUUGUGAUUUCCUGUCUUUUUGAAUCCACAUUUUAAAUACUUUCCAAUACUGCCACCUAGCG